ACCGCCGUGCACGAAUCAACCAGCAAAUCAACAAAGAGAUGAGGAUGAGAACAGGCGCAGAGAACCUAUUCAGCUGCUAAAGGAGGAAUUGGAAGAGUUGAACAGUUGCAUGGAGGUCUACCAGAAUGAUAGUGACUCUAUUAGCGUCCCCAUGAUUCCACUGGGGCUGAAGGAGACCAAAGAACUGGACUGGGCAGGUCCCCUAAAGGCCAUGAUUCGGGAGCACUACAACGAAGAUGAAGACUCCUACAAGGCAGAGCUGAAAACCCUUGUGGACUUGCGGCAGGCCAUGCGAACUCCUAGCCGGAAUAAGGCAGGGCUUGAACUGCUAAUGGAAUAUUACAGCCAACUCUACUUCCUUGACAACCGUUUCUUCUCUCCCAAUAAGAAUCUGGGACUUUUCUUCCAUUGGUAUGAUUCGCUCACAGGAGUACCUUCUCACCAGCGGGCCCUGGCUUUUGAGAAAGGAAGCGUGCUUUUUAAUAUUGGGGCUUUGCACACUCAGAUCGGAGCACGCCAGGACCGUACCACUUUGCAAGGUGUGGAUUGCGCCAUUGAAGCAUUCCAGAAGGCAUCUGGCGCAUUCAACUACCUGAAGGAGAAUUUCUCCAAUGCCCCCAGUCUCGACAUGAGCAGCCCCUCCCUCAACAUGCUGGUGCGGCUGAUGAUCGCCCAGGUCCAGGAAUGUGUCUUCGAGAAGGUCCUCCUGCUCAGAGCUCAGAGUGACUUCCUCACCUACCUGCAACUUGCCCAGGAAGCGGCCCGGGUGGAAGAGGUCUACUCUUUGGUGCACCAAACCAUGGCCCAACCCCACGUCAAAGACUACGUCCCUUUCUCCUGGACCUCCAUGGUGCACGUCAAAGCUGAACACUUCAAGGCUCUCUCGCACUAUUACGCUGCUGUUGCACUUUGUGACUGCCCAUCCAUAUCUGAGGUGGAUUUCCCAGAGCACGAAAAGGCUUUCCUCCAAUUUCACAUCUCCAUGCCUGAAGGACCAGCUCCUCGCUUGCUUUUGCAGGACCAGGAAGAGCGCCGGCGACUGGGGAAAGCUCACCUCAAAAAAGCCAUAAUCGAGCAUGAGGAAGCCAUGAGGAUCCAUGGCUUGUGCAAGAUCUUGAGGAAGAUGGACAUCCUGCAGGAGGUCCUCUCAUUUGCCCACAAACGUUCCCUCAGCAAAUACUCUGAAAUUGACCAUGAGGAAGAUUUCUUUGAAACAGCGGAGGCUCCUGACAUCCAUCCCAAAACACAUCAGAGACCCGAAAUCAAGUCUCCCAACUUCUCCAAGGUGAAAGUUACAGACAUCUUUCAUAGCCUGGGACCACUUUCAGUUUUCUCUGCCAAGAAUAAAUGGCACCCCCCACGGAUGAUACACUUGGUCCGUGGAGCAAACGGCUUUGGGUUCACCCUCCGAGGUGAUUCUCCGGUCCUGGUCGCUGGGAUCAUCGCUGGUGGGUGUGCGGCGGAAGCUGGUCUGAAAGAAGGGGACUACAUUGUCUCUAUCGAUGGCCAAGACUGCAGGUGGUCCAAACACGCAGAAGUGGUGCAGCUGCUGAAGCUGGCUGGGGAGGAGGGGGUGAAGGUGGGCGUGAUCACUCUUCUGCCCUCGGAAGGACACAGUGUGAAGGUGGACAAGAAGCCGACAGCCGCGGCCUCUGGGGCAGGUGCUCUGUUGAAAAGCGACAAAGAGAACAACCGCAAGACGCCGCUGCGGAGCAAAGGAGCCGGGGCCCUCCUUGCCUGGGGGAGGAAGAGCAAGCGCAGCAAAAGCUGCAGCACGGCGGCCCUCCCCUUUGCCGCCGUGGGGGAUAACGAGCUGGCCCGCUGAGCCGCCCCAACACCCUGCCCAGCCCGUCUCCCCUGGACCAGAGAAGGAGACGGUGCCCUCCGUGCAGAUGUCUUUGGACCUCUCCAGACCCCUUUGGGGCGGUGGAGCUUCGGGGUCUGUAGUCUUGCUUCUGGGGGAAAAUGUGCAUUGGGAGAAAACUAGUUCUGCGCCACCAAAUUCCUGAGAGCUGAGAUGAACCUCCACGGUUCUGGGCUGUCUGCCUCUAAGACCAGAUACUGGAGACGAGCUGUCCUCUUUCAUGGUUUGUGGGUUUUUUCUGGAGGGGUCUGGCUGGGCAGCGUUGGAUGUCAGACUGGAUGGACUUCUUAAGUCCUUUGAAAAACAAGCCUGCAAGGUAGCCUCAAAUCCUGCCAGUAUCAGCAGGCCAAAAGAACUCUGAGGGCCCGCUGCACUGCCCUAACUUUUCCCUGUCGAGGAAUGGCUUGGGUGGGGGGCCCACCAAGCCCAACCAGCCAAGGUGGUUUGCGGUGGGGUGGGAUGACUUGUCCUUGGGAAGAAUGGUGCAACUCUCCUGAGCACAUCUCUGAGAAAAGGCAGGUGCAUCUCCUAGUGGGGGGACAGAUGCUAAAAGGCCUCUGGGAGAUGAGUUGCAGGAGGAAAGGACUAAGUCCCAUCUGAAGGAAGAGACUGGAGGAAAGCAAUGAACAGCUUUGUGUCUUGGUACCAUGAUGACUGGCCAAGUGUUAUGCACUAGGAGGAGGAUUUCACAGGGGUGGAGGGGCAAGAGCACAAAGCUUCCCCUGUUGGCUUUGAGACAGCAUGUGCAGGACCCACUCCCAAGGCAAAGAGCAGAACUGUGGAGACUGACACAUCAACGAGAAACUUCUCAGUGGAUGUUGUCACUUCCACCUACUCCAAAGCUUCUCUUUUAUGCUCAGUCUCCUGUUGAGGAUUGAGGAUAAUUAUUAUAUUCCCUCCUUUUUCAGGGUCAUCGUAAGGAUUUCAGUGAAGAAAUCUGUGUUGAGCAUUUUGACUACUCUAAAAAGCUCCAGAUCAGUGCUAAAUCCUAGUUGGUUGGUUGGCUUUAGGAUCAAAUACGCAGCUAGUUUGUAUCACUCCUCCAACCUAUGCUUAGAUGUAGGGAAACCAUCCCAUUUCUGUUUAUGGUUUCCAGAAAAAGGUUCCUCUAUGACAAAUGUUUGGAAGAUCUUGUUCUAGAGCCCGAUGAGGGGAGUUGGGUGUGGAGUUUCUUCCCAACUUGGCACUGGCUGCUUUCUGGUGGGGGCAGUUGAGAACUCUCCUCUUGGGAUGCUCCAAUUGCUGCAGGACCUCCAUUCCCAGAGCUGCAAGAAUUUAACUGGCUUGACAUGCUGCACAGGGUGGCGGUUGGAAUACUGACUUCUAGUCCCACCUGAGGCAUGAAAGCCGACUGGGUGACUUUGGGCCAGUCCCUCUCUCUCAACCCAA